AUGAAGUGGGUGGUAGCAGUUUUGCUAAUGCCCCUGCUAAAUUCUACUUUAGCCAGAACCCUGCAUAUAGAUGGAAUGAGUUCAACAUUGACUCCUUCCCAGUGUUCAGAGAUGAAUUUCAUUGACCUAGCUACCAUAUUUUUUGCCCAGUUUGUUCCAGAGGCCCCUUAUCAAGAAGUUAGCAAAAUGACAAAGGAUGUGUUGGCUGCCAUUGAGAAGCCCCCUGGCAGCGAGCAGCAAGCAGGGUGCUCAGAAAACCAUCUAUCUGCUUUUCUGGAAGAAAUUUGUCACGAAAAAGAAAUCUUUGAAAAGUAUGGGCUUUCAGAUUGCUGCAACAAAAGUGAGGAGGAAAGACACAACUGUUUACUGGCUCACAAGAAGGCUGCCCCAGCAUCCAUUCCACCCUUCCAGAUUCCAGACCCUGUCACAGGAUGUAAAGCAUAUGAAGAAAACCAGGGGAUGUUCAUGAACCGAUAUAUCUACGAAAUAGCAAGAAGGCAUCCUUUCCUAUACGCGCCUACAAUUCUUUAUUCGGCUUCUCACUAUGACAAAAUCAUUCCACAGUGCUGCAAAACUGAAAACGCUGUUGAAUGCUUUCAAACAAAGUCAGCACCAAUUACAAAAGAAUUAAGAGAAAACAGCAUGUUAAAUCAACAUGUAUGUGCAGUAAUGAGAAAUUUUGAACCCCAGACCUUCAAAGACAUAUCUAUUGCUAAAAUGAGCCAGAAGUUUCCCAAAGCGAAUUUUACUGAGGUUCAGAAGUUGUCCGAGCACUCCGUGCACAUCCACAAGGAAUGCUGCCGAGGAAACGUGCUGGAGUGCCUGCAUGAUGGGCAAGAAAUCAUGUCCUAUAUAUGCUCUCACCAAGAUUUUCUGUCAAGCAAAAUAGCAGAAUGCUGUAAACUGCCCACCCUCCAACGUGGCCACUGCAUAAUUCAAGCGGAAAAUGAUGAUAAACCUGAGGGUCUAUCUCCAAAUCUAAACAACUUUUUAGGAGACAGAGAUUUCAACCAAUUCUCGUCAGAAGAAAAAGAUUCCUUUUUGGCAAGCUUUACUUAUGAAUAUGCGAGACGUCAUCCUGAGCUUGCAGUCCCAGUAAUUCUAAGGGUAACUGAAGGAUACAAAAAAUUACUGGAGAAGUGCUCCCAGUCUGAAAAUCGACUUGAAUGCCAGGAUAAAGGGGAAGAAGAAUUAGAAAAAUACAUCCAGGAGAGCCAGGCACUGGGAAAGAAAAGCUGUGCUCGCUACCAGAAAUUGGGAGAAUAUUACCUACAAAAUGCGUUCAUGGUUGCCUAUACAAAGAAAGCCCCUCAACUGACCACACCAGAGCUGAUGGCCAUCACUAGGAAAAUGGCGGCCACAGGAAGCACUUGCUGCCCCCUCAGUGAGGACAAGCAACUGGCCUGUGGGGAGAACGCGGCUGAUGUUAUUAUUGGACAAUUAUGUAUCAGACAUGAGAUGAAUCCUGUAAAUCCUGGUGUUGGACAGUGCUGUGCUUCUUCGUAUGCCAACAGGAGACCCUGCUUCAGCAACUUGUUGGUGGAUGAGACAUACAUCCCCCCAGCAUUCUCUGCUGCCAAGUUUCUCUUCCAUAAAGAUCUAUGCCAGGCUCAGGGAGUUGCACUGCAAACAAUGAAGCAAGAGUUUCUCAUCAACCUUGUCAAGCAGAAGCCACAAAUAACAGAGGGACAAUUGGAAACGGUCAUUGCAGAUUUCUCUAACCUCUUGGAGACGUGCUGCCAAGCCCAGGAGCAGGACGUCUGCUUUGCAGAAGAGGGUCCAAAACUGAUUUCCAAAACUCGUGCUGCCUUGGGAGUUUAA